UCGCAGCAUCAGAGAAUGAGUCGCAGCGGAGUGAUGAAGACGAUCAUCGCGGUUAUCGCCUGCCUUUGGCCAGGGGUCCUGGGCUCCAAGCCGCUUCUCCUGGAGGAGGAUUGCGGAACGGAAAUUCGAAUGGCCGACAGAAUCAUGAACGGUCAAGCGGCGAAGUUGGGAGAAAAUCCAUGGAUGGCUUAUCUAACAACUCCCAGUGGACCCAAUUGUUCCGGCACCCUUAUCAACCACUGGUUUGUCCUAACAGCUGCCCAAUGCAUUCCCGACGACUUGGAAAUAACGGUUCACCUGGGCGAGUACAACUUAGACACCAAGGUGGAUUGUGAGAAGCACAGGUGCCAGAAAGCGGUCCAGGAGUACGCCGUGGACAUGGCCUUCAAGCAUGCGUUUUACGAACCGGAAACACAUGACAACGACAUAGGGAUGUUGCGGCUCGACAAGAGGGUGACGUACUUAGUUCACAUAAAACCCAUUUGUAUUUUUGUGGACGAACGGAUGAGGGAACAAGUGGAUCAGCUCAACACGUUCACGACCACCGGCUGGGGAGAGACUGGCGAGAAAAAGAGGAGCAGCGUUCUCCAGAAAAUGGACAUCAGCCGCCAACCCAAAGAGUUAUGCUCUGAAAUCUUUGGGAAACCCUUGAGCUCCGAUCAGAUUUGCGGCGGCAACGGCAACAGCACUCUCUGCACUGGAGACAUCGGUAGUCCGCAGAUCCGCGAAAUGAGGCACAAGAACCACUACCGCUAUGUCCAAGUGGGCCUCGCCAGUUGGGUGAGCAAUCAGUGCCUGAACGCCAGCGUGCUCACAGAUGUAUUGGGCCACGGCCACUGGAUAGAACGGGUGGUGAGGCAGUUCGGACCCGCCCAAGACAUGCAGAGACCUUCACCAUUUAGACCGAAUGAUGAAGUCCCCGAAUUCUACCCAGUUAAGAACUUUUAAAUCUGAGAAAAUAUGAUAUCGCUUGUAAGGGGUUCAAAAUUAAGCUACUUAAAAAAUUAUCAUAAUCAAAUUUUAUAAGUUCAGGCAGUAACAAGUUAUCAAAUAAAGCUUACUAGGCUUAUACUGCUUCCAAGA